CCUUAGUGGGAGCGCGGAUCGCCCUGUGGAAGGACGGAGCCUCGUGCGUCAGGUGCCUUGGCUAAUGAUUGAUGAAUUGUGAGUCUGUGGUGGGUUCACAGCUGGCUGGCCGGCUGAGCUCCACAGACUGAAAGUCUCCAGUCAUGGUGAAGUGAAGAUCAGGUUCAGAUCAGGAAUCAUGCUCGCAUUUUUCAUAUUCCUCGUGGUCACUCCCGCAUCCGGAAAGCCCCGGGACGGUCUGAAAACGUGGGGGCGCUUCAACAGACUCCCCUACCCGGGUGACCAGGCUUUCCUCUACGACACCUUCCCUAAAGGCUUCAUCUGGGCGGUGGGCACGGCGGCGUACCCGGUGGAGGGCGCGUUCUCCAAGGAUGGAAAGGGGCUCUCCAUCUGGGACACUUUUACGCGCGGCGGGACGCGCAAAACCUGCGGGGACGUGGGCAGCGACAGCUACCACAACAUCGACGCCGACAUCCGUGCCAUCCAGCAGCUGGGGGUCAGCCACUACCGCUUCUCCCUGUCCUGGCCCAGGAUGUUCCCGAACGGAACGCGCGGGAGCUACAACGAGCCGGGAGUCAACUACUACCGGACGCUCAUCCGGAGGCUGAAGAAGAUCAACGUGCAGCCGGUGGUGACGCUCUACCACUGGGACCUGCCCGAGCAGCUCCAGCAGGCGCUGGGCGGCUGGGCCAACCCGCAGCUGGUGGACAUCUUCAAGGAUUACGCGGAUUUCUGCUUCCAAGAGUUCGGGGACGACGUCAAGUUCUGGAUCACCAUCGAUAACCCGUUCGUGGUGGCGCAGCACGGAUACGGCACCGGAGUGGUCGCCCCCGGGAUCAAAAACGACCCCGACCUCCGCUUCCGGGUCGGACACAACCUGCUGAAGGCUCAUGCAGCUGCAUGGCAUGUCUACGACCGCCACUAUCGCCCCCGGCAACAGGGCAAGGUCUCCAUGGCUCUGGCCUCCCACUGGAUCAAGCCCAGCCGGACGCGUUUGGAAAGCCUGCAAGAGUGCCAGUGCUCCUUGGACCACGUCCUGGGCUGGUUCGCCCGGCCGCUCUUCACGGACGGAGACUACCCCGCCUGCAUGAGGGCCCGUCUGGGCUCCCGGCUGCCCUCCUUCACCCAGGAGGAGAAGGAGUGGGUGAAAGGAACGGCCGACUUCUUCGCCCUGUCCCACGGAGCCACGCUGAGCUUCCAGCUCAUCAACGACAGCGUGAAGUUUGACCAGCAUGAGGACCUGGACCUGAGGAUGCUGCUUUACUGGAUCUACGCAGAAUAUGACAAACCGCCCAUCUUUGUAGUCCAAAGUGGUUGGUACGUCCUGGGCAACACCAAGACCAAAGACCCCAAACAAAUGUUUUACCUCAAGAGUUUCAUCGCAGAAACACUUAAAUCCAUCAUCAUAGAUAAAGUGAACGUGAUUGGAUACACAGCUUGGUCCCUCAUUGAUGGCUAUGAGUGGUACAGGGAGUAUGGGAUCCGCCGUGGACUCUACUACGUCAGCUUCAACACUCCUGAUAUGAAGAGGGAGCCAAAGACAUCUGCAAUCUUUUACAAGAAUGUCAUCCAAAAAAAUGGUUUUCCAGAGCUCCCGGAGAACAGGCCGGUGCAGGGAGUGUUCCCGUGUGACUUUGCGUGGGGGGUGUCUGCCAACUCUGUGCAGGUAGAGACCACUCCCACUCAGUUUGCAGACCCCAAUGUUUACCUCUGGAACGUCUCCAACAACGGAGAGCUGAUCAAGCUGGACGGCCUGGUCGCGCCACCUUUAAACCGAGCCACGCACUGCGCCGACUACGCCACCAUCAGACAGCAGGUGGAUGAAAUCAAGCAGGUGGGGGUCAACCACUUCCACUUCUCCCUCAACUGGUCCGCCGUGGUUCCCACAGGAGACGUAGCGACCCCCAACACCACCCUGCUGGGAUACUACCGCUGCUUCACCCGCCAGCUGCUGCAGGCUAACAUCACCCCGGUGGUCACCCUGCUGCACUACACGCCCAAACACAGCAGCCUGCCAGCGCCGCUCGCCAACACCACCAACAAGUGGCUCAACAGUAAUAUCCCAGAAGCCUUUGCAGACUAUGCCCGGCUCUGCUACAGAGAGCUGGGAGCGUAUGUGAAGAUGUGGAUCACCCUGAACGAGCCCAAUGACAAGGAGGUGACGUACCUGGAGGGGCACGAGAUGCUGCGGGCGCACGCUCUGGCCUGGCACGUUUACGACAACGAGUUCAGACCCUCACAGGGGGGAAAGGUGUCUCUGGUUCUGCACAUGAACUGGGUCGAGCCGGCGUUCUCCUUCAGCCGAGAGGACGUGGAGCCCGCCAAAAGGGUUCUGCACUUCACCAUCAGCUGGUUCGCGGAGCCCAUCUUCGGCAGCGGAGACUACCCGGUGGAAAUGAGGAGCUGGCUGCGCCAGCUGAAUUCUCUCGACAGAUUGCCAGUUUUCAAAGAGGAGGACAAACGGCUGGUUAAAGGGACUUACGACUUCUUUGCUAUCAGCCACUUCAGCACCGAUCUCGUGACGCACGCCAAAGAAGACUCCUACAUUUACACGGCAAAGCUUGAAGUCCAGUACAUGGUGGACACCACAUGGAUCAUGUCUCCGAGGCCCGUCGUACCUUGGGGUCUGAGGAAAGCCUUAAACUGGGUGAAGGAACACUACGGAGAUGUGCCGGUUUACGUGAUGGCGAACGGGGUGCAGGAGGACCCAUCUCACUUCAAGGACAGUCUAAGAGUUUACUACCUGUACAAUUAUAUCAAUGAGGCUCUUAAAGCACACAUCCUGGAUGGCGUCAACCUGAAGGGUUACUUUGUCUACGCCCUGAACGACCAAAGAGACCCAAAGUUCGGCUUGUACGGCCAAGUCCACGAGGAAGUCAUCGUCAAAGCCUCCCUCUCCAACUAUCGCAACCUCAUCCGGCACAACGGCUUCCCCGCUCAGGGCGCCGCUCCUCAGCAGUGUCCCGCCGCUCCUCAGGCCUGCCCAGGGUGCCACGUCCUGGUCAAGGGACCCAUGGUGGGCUUCCUGACCCUGGUGGGCUCGGGGGUGCUGAUCACUCUGGGCCUCAUUAUUUACUACACGUCCAAAAGACACAAGGAGUUAUACUGAUGGGCUCAACAAUGACUCAGAUGUCACAUUAAUUUAUAUUUUAUUGAGGAAUUCAGCGGCACAUUUCAGUAAACACUUCAAGUCCUUUUGUGUCGACAACACUCAUCUCCACACAUGCAGAGUAAGAUUUAUGGUCUUUGUAAUGAACUGAAGAACUCUCCCAGCUACUUCGUGAUCAUCUCCAGGGUUCCAGAAAACAAACAAAAAAAUUAAGUUAAUUAUUGAAAUAAAAUAUUUUCUGAGUUUGCUUUGGAAA